AUGGUUUAUUGUUUGCCUAGAGAAGAAGACAUAUUCUUGCCGCAGAUUCAAAUUGAUGAACUUUCAUGUGCUCAUGCUUAUGCAGUGUUAAAGAGAAAACCUUUUGAACUUGAUAAUUAUUUCUCCGACUUAUACAAGUCAGUAUCGGUGUUGGAUACGUAUGAAGUUUCAAUAUCGCCUCUUCCUAAUAGAUCUACAUGGGAGAUACCAGAUUAUAUAUUGAGCGAAACUGUUCUUCGCCAAAAUACAGACGUCCCCCUGGAAGGCCAAAGAAAAGAGAAAGAGAAAAGUCCGUGGGAGAAUUUUACGGGACUAAGUCCACAAAUUCAUGCAGUGCUUGUGGGUUAA